AUCGACAUAUUCAUGUUUUAAUAUGUCGAUAAUAUCGCUGUUAUCGACGAUUCUCCACCUCUAAAACAACGUGUUUUAGUACAUAACAAAUCAAAUAAAAUAAAUAGAAACUCGCACGUCAACAACUACUCGGAUAUAUAAGGCUUCCUGCAUUUCGUUAAGUUGGAAUUGUAGGAGCUGUAAUAAACAUGUCAGUCUACACAACAAAAACAUCAAUUUUGAAGACCUUCUCCGGAGCCGAUCGGGAAAGGGCCAAAGUUAUUGCCGCAAACAAAGUACGAUUUGCCACGCCAAAGGAAAAAGGUCUUGCAGAAUCGGUUCGCGCGGCAUCAGAAGAACAAAAUUUCCAUUUGGUUCAAGAGUUUACCUACUUUUUAAAAGAAGCAGAAUUAGAUGAUGAAGAACUAGAAGAAAUUUUAAAAGACGCUCAAAAAAUUGUUCACAAUUUAACCCCCGAUUUUGUCAACGUUGUGGAAGCCUUGCUGUCACUUAAUUGGAGAAAACGUAGCUGCAAAACUAUAGAAGCUUUUACCGAAUUCAGUAUUGAAAUUUUGGUUGCACAUAACAGAUACUUACCUAUGGGAAUAUCAAAAUUUAUCUCGCAUUGGAUACCAAACGAUCAAGACGGAGCUGACUGGGUGAAUGGUUGCCCAUCAAAUCAAAUCUACUGUGAGCUUAAGCCAAUUCACGAUGUGCUUAAUCGUAUUAUAACCGCAGUGCCUAUGGCUUUCGACGUUAUUGUUGAUACAAUAUCUUCAAAGUUUCCUUAUUUUAAAAAGCCUGCACAUGUAACUUCAGGAUUUUUAUUUAAUUUACUUUGGCUAUUGGAUUACAAACCUGUAUUUGAGGAAAUAAUUUUGCAGCUGGUUCUGCAAAAACUUUUAGUUCUAGAUGUAAACGCUCCUAGAGAUGAAAUUAACCUUGAAAAUAGUUGCAAGCAAAUGGAGGAAGCUAUAUUUCACAUGGAUGAUAUAACUGUCUCACCCGACACGAAUAACUCAGAAGAAACGGUGGAUCAUCCUAUUGGACAAUGUCUUGAUGUAUGCCUGCAUAUGCUCUAUAAAUACUUUGAUAAAAAAUGCAGCAUAAAAUCCAUUUUCACUGACCAAGAACGAUGCACAGCAAAUCGAAUUUUCAAAAUACUCCUUUUCACUUUUGAUGACGUUUUAUUACCGAGCCAUAACACCCACCAUGUUCAAUUUGUUAUGUUUUUUAUAACUAGCUUGCGACAAACUUAUUAUGAAGCUUUUCUUAGUUCGCUAUGGCAAAAAGUACAAAACCCUAAUGUAUCCGCGAUUAUACGACAUGGUGCCGUUGGAUAUUUGGCAAGCUUCUUAGCAAGAGCAAAAUUCGUACCACUUUGUACAUUACAGUUAUACUUGAUGAAAUUGUCCAAAUGGGCGCAUUCUUACUUAGACGAUUCCGAUGAAUACAGUCAAAAUUGCUCACUAAAAUCAAACUUAGUCUUCUUUUCAGUUUGCCAAGCUAUUUUUUAUUUAAUAGCUUUUCGUGUGAAAGAUUUGACGGCUACUACCAACGAUUUACUGUUUCUACAGACUCUUCAACUUUCUCGGCUCGCAAUGUGCCAUUUUAAUCCUUUACGAUACUGCUUAGCUGCAGUAGCUACGGCAUUUGCCGGUGUAACUCGAACAUAUCAGUUGGCCUACUGUCAUACUGUUCUCGAACGCAAUGCGCGCCGCAAACUAGCCACUGUUUACGGCCAUGAAAAGUCAAUGCCAGAAGAAACACUAGAAACGUUCUUUCCUUUCGAUCCAUAUUUGCUAAAAAUGUCGAAUAAGUUUAUUGAAAAUAACUACCUUAUCUAUCAAGGAAAUGCAGAUGAUAAUGUGUCGCCAGAGCCUCUUCGACGAAAAAGAGGUGACUCUGAAAUGGUAGAUGAUGACGACUUUAUUAAAGCGGAUAAACGGCAGAAACUUUUAGAACUAUCUAAAAGUCAGGAGUUUGAAAAACACUUUCAUUUUGGAUCUUCUCCAGGCUUUAGUAAAUAAUGAUUUUAUUAAUUAUUUCAUUUAUUUACUAAGUAACUACUACUACUUAGACGUUAUAUAGAAAUAAACUGUUUUCGCAAAUAAACCGUUUAAAAAGUUUUGCUGAUUUAAAAUAUACAAUGUACAAUAUACAAUGCUCAACUUUUUAUUUUAAAGAUUUAAAAAAAAAACGCAGGCUUAGAAAUAAUGCAAAUCAUUAACCAUGGAAGGGUAUAACAAGAAUAAACUUUUUUCGGUGCAUGUAAUUGGUUUAAUUUUUCCCUGAGCAAAAACAGUUAGAUUAACUAAAAAUAAAAAACGUUAUCAUAUAAAAUA